CAGCCAGUGGUAAAAAUGAAAUAACCUCCACUGUGCUGGUUGUUUAUAGCCUCGGUGAACUUCUGUACCUGCAGCACGAUGGAGAGGGAAACUCAAGGAAACGCUGCUCAGCCUCUAACAUGUAGUAAUGGCAGUGAGAGGAUUGACCCCUACGGCUUUGAGAGACAUCAUGAUUUUGAAUCCUACAAGGAGAUGAUGGAUGAGUACGUCGCGGUUCUCAACAGAAGAUCCAUGAGAUGGUCCAAGCUCCUUCAAGAGAAGCCUCAGGUGGAGAAGAACCUGACAGUGAAGAGGUACGUGCGGAAAGGAGUUCCCAACGAGCACCGGGCCAGGAUCUGGAUGGCGGCAAGUGGUGCCCAGGAACAACUGGAGAGUAACCCGGGUCAUUACCAGUCCCUGCUGGCCACGGAGCACGACACCAAGCUGAAGGACACCAUUCAAACGGAUAUUAACAGGACCUUUCCGAACAACGUCCUCUUUCAGAGCAAAGCUGAGCCCGGCCUGCAGAGGGCGCUGUACAAUGUGCUGCUGGCCUAUGGACACCAUAAUAAAGCAGUGGGAUACUGUCAGGGCAUGAACUUCAUUGUAGGCUACCUCAUCAUCAUCACCAAAGAUGAAGAGAAAUCCUUCUGGCUCAUGGACGCACUGUUGGGCAGAAUACUUCCAGAUUACUACAGUCCAGCCAUGUUGGGGCUGAAGACUGACCAGGAGGUUCUUGAGGAGCUGGUGAAGACUAAGGCCCCUGCAGUCGGACAGCUCAUGGCGCAGUAUCCUGGCAUAUGGACCCUGGUUGUGUCACGCUGGUUCAUCUGCCUCUACAUUGACAUCCUCCCAAUAGAGACAGUUCUACGGAUCUGGGACUGUCUUUUCUAUGAAGGCUCUAAGGUUCUUUUCCGUGUCGCUCUGACACUCAUCACUCACCACCAGCCAGAGAUCCUGAGAGCGCGCUGUCUGUCUGACGUGUGUGAGUGCUUCAAACAGAUCACCUGUGGAGCGUUCACACUGGACUGCCACACCUUCAUGCAGAAAAUAUUUACCGAACCCGGAAGUCUCUCGAUGGCAACUAUUGAGAAACUGAGAGAGAAAUGCAGACAACAAAUCCUCGAGGAAUCGAGACAACCGUAAAGUUUUGGAUCCACCGAUGGUCUGUCAGGAACUUUGUACUUAUUUGAAUCACAUACCAGUGAUCAUACUGUCGGCUUUAGAUAUAUUGAACUCUGAUCCAGAAGACUGGAUAUCUGGAGAAUGUGCUGAAGCAACAUUUUGAACCUUGUGUUUACUGGCAGGUUCAGUCCUCUGAAUAUUUUUACAGCAAUAGAUACUUCUACUACUACACCUGAUGCUUUAUGGUAUUGCAAUCACUCACAGAAAUGCUAGUAUUUGUUUUUAUUAUUGUGGAGGGUUAAAAUUGUUAAGAGAUCACAUCUAGUUUAAUGCUCUUGAAAUGAAAAGUUAAGGAUUUGGUGUGGUGCUGUCCACAUUUACAGAACAGUUUUUCAUGUUUUAUUGUAAGCAAGAACACGUUUCCUUAUUUCCUAAUUGUCCUCUAAAAGUCCACUUUGUCUAACCAAACAAAGGUUGGACAAAGUGGAAAUGUUAGCGUAACAUGAUCAUCUUAAACAACAGGUUAUUCAACUGUUCCAAACCUGUGGCUGAAGAAUACAACAUUUCUAAUCCACUUGGACCUUUGAGGAACACAAUAAUUCAAGAACUGUGUAAAAAA